ACGGCUAAGUUGUUUUGUUGAUUUUAAUGUUUACUCGCGUUUGCGUUGGAUCGUAAAUGACAUUUUAUAAUACGUUUAUCAUUGUUGUGUUGCAAUUUUCGGCUCAAGUACGAUCGUUUUUGAAAUAAAUCCAAUUCUCUGCUGUUGUACUCGAUACCGUUCGAUAGUAUUGACCCAAAUUGAUGUCCUCCCGUUGUGCCAUUGACCCACAAAUACCAACCAACUAGUACAAUGGCGCGUUUUUUUUCAGGCCAAAGUGACAGCCCGGUAAGAGCGUUAUGAUCGAUGCAACGGAAACAAAAUGCAACCCGAUAAACCAAAGGUCACCGACCUAAAUCCGCAUUUGCUGUGCGUCCUGUGUGGCGGUUAUUUCAUUGACGCUACCACCGUGAUUGAAUGUCUACAUUCGUUUUGUCGAAGUUGUAUUGUAAAAUACUUGGAACGCAACAAAUAUUGUCCGAUAUGCGAUGUGUUAAUUCACAAAUCAAAACCAUUGACCAACAUUCGGCCGGAUCACACGUUACAAAAUAUUGUCUACAAACUCGUCCCACGAUUGUUUCAACGAGAAAUGGUAAUGCGGAAGGAUUUCUACCGCAUAAACAAUAUGCAGUAUCCACUACAGGAUCCGAUGAGCAUGGGCAUAAUUCCUGACGAUUACCAUAUUUUCACUCCUAAUGACUCAGUGAGCAUAUGUCUCCAUUAUGAAAAUGAAAAUAGUAAAAAGAGUAUACCAGGUGUACACAAACGUUACCUUUGGUGUCCGGCAUCACUGCCAGUAGUAAACUUGAAAAAAUUUGUGCACAUUAAAUUUGAACUAGCUUCAGUGGAUCACUUUAUCGAGCUGUCCCAUAAAAAUUAUCUGUUGGACGAUCAUCUCACAAUAAUGGAUGUGGUUUAUAUGUUCGACUGGAAAAGGAAAGACCCGCUUACUAUAUCAUACCGAAUCCUUAAAAUCGAAAUUGAAUCUGUCGUCAGUGACGUCAUGGACAUUAAAGAUGACAAAUCGUUAAAAUCUGAUGAUAGCGUAGACAAAACCAAAGUCAAUGUAACAAAUUCAGUGCCAAAUGAUACUUCUAACACGAAUAUCAACAUAAAAGAAACUCCAGUUAAACUAGAAGAAAAUAAUACUAUAAUAGACAACAAAGCAUCCGAUUCCAAAGAAGUACAACUAGAAAUCAGCGAAAAUGGUAUAAUUAAGGUGACAAAUAUUUCUCAAACCAGAGACGCUAUUCAACCAAAUGUGACUAUUGAGCAAACUGCCGACGCAGUUAAAAAGGAAAAAAUACCAAAGAUAGACGACGACGAAGAUAAGAAAAAACUACUAAAGGUGUAUCCUGGGUCGAAAAUAAAAAAAAAUAAACCAAAAUUAGAUACAAUUGUAGAAAAAAUUAAAAAACAAAGUAGUACUAAAUACAAAACUUUAACAUCACCGACUAAGCAUUGGAACCCGAGCAUAUCUAAAACGUCGGUGUUGGCGAAAAAAAAAGAAGUCAAUGGUGUAGAUAAAAAAAACCAGAAGUUUUUCAAGUCGAGAGAAGAGGACAACAAAAAAGAAGAGGAUAAAACCGAAGAAAGUCUGAAGAGACUAGCAGAAGUGCCUUUAAUGAAAAUUAAUCCCCAAACCCUAUGUCCGAUUAUGCCGUCGUCUCCGCCAAAAAAAACUAAAAAAAUGACGCCCAAGAAAAAUACCUUGGCUCAAUCGUUAGCGUUACUACCUGUCCGACCUACAAACCACAAUCCAUUUACCAGCCCAUUAAACCCAUUCAUGUAUGGAGCGUUUACUAAUAGUGGCAACAGCGACACUCAUGAUAGUAACGACUUUCUGAAAGCCAUGUCCGAGUUGUGUCCUCCAUCAUCGACUUACCACAAUUCCUUGCCGCCAUCGGUCAGUGUGCUCUUCAAUCCAUUGUAUGCACAUCACAGACAAAGUCAAGCCAAAAAGACAACAACAACGGCUACGACUUCCCCGGCAGACGUACAGAAAUUAUCAGCCAACAAGCAGGAAGAGAAAAACGGAGAUAAGGACGACCCAAAGAGUAGCGGAGAUAAGGCAAAAGACGAGUGUACUAAUAAUAAUAAUGGUGAAGACAAAAUGGAAGUGGAAAAAGAAAUUGAAAAAACGUAAAUCUGGUUACCAUAAAGUGUUUGAUAAUUGUUUUUUUUUUAUCACAUUGUACCAUUCUCCAUGACAAUAAUUGUUACACAUUCUAAAUUCAAAUUGGUUAGAAAAAUAUUUUAUUUUCUUACAAAUUAUUAAUAUUGUUGGACUUGUACAAAAUAUUAGGUAGUCGAAUUCGAAUUUAAAUGAACAAUUCGAAAUCUUUAUUUAAAUUACUCUCAAAUUCUAGUCUUAGAUUAAGUUGUGUUAAAAAAAAAACACAAAUGUAUUUAUGUGCCUUCAGUAUUUAAUUUUUAAGUGUCAAUCCCUCACCUUGAGGUGAGAAUUAAAUGUUAUAAUAAUUAUUGCUCAAGUUUUAAUUUAUACAGGGACAUGAAAUGUACUUAAAUGUUAAAGUUAAUUCGCUUCUUACCCAUAACCCUUAAAAAAAUUAAUAGCACUCAACAUUUUUCUUAAAUUUUAUUAGUAUAAUAAUAUGUUAUACCAUAUUUUUAUUAAUUAUCAAAAAAAAUAUUGUGAUUUCUGGCAAAAUUUUGUUUCCUUUUUACACAUUUAUGACGACAUCAAUAUUAUCUAUCAUUACACGUUGUUACUACUGUUAUCCGUGGAUUGAAAACAUUACCGAAAAUAAACGCCGAAAAAUACAAAAAUGUUUUCAUACCCCGAAUUACGUAGAUAUAUUAAUUCAUCCAGUAAUUUUAGGUUUACAAAAACCUUUAAUAAGUGUACCUAUUGUAUGUUGGUAUAAUAGAUUAUUAUUUUUUGUAUACUUACGAACCCUGUUGGUUUUGUUGAACUAUAUUAUGUUAAAAAAACUGUAUGUCUUGCACAUUGAUAUAAACAAUAUAUCAAUAAAUGGAGGUUUUUUUACCGAAUAUUGUGUUGCUUAAUUAAAUUAACAGUAAUAUGUAAAUACCCAUUUUAUAUAUGUCAUGUUAUAUUUGUUUUAAACAAUUAGUUUCAUAUAUUG